AUGGACGAUUCCAACCAAUCCUCAAAGGUCAAGCCAUUCGGCAAACUCGUGAGUCUCCUCAAUCAAAAGUUUCCCAAUUCAGAUUCGAUAUUUCAUUUAUUCCCUAGACUUCCUAUGGAGCUACGACUUAUGAUUUGGGAGCUAAGCCUGAAGGGCGAGCGAUACAUUAAAGUUGAACUUUGCACCAUAAACAAGAGGACUGGCAAAAUGCGUUUCGAUCCAAUGCCUUUCAAAUCUUGGAGACUCGCAGAGCCAUAUGGGAUUCUUUUACACCAUCCACCAAAGCGAAGCGCUUUAUUCAUUACAAGUGUCGAAUCUCGUACGAGCGCCCAACGAUUUUAUCGCGUGGCCCUUCCCUGUAUCUACAUCAAGAAGUCUCCCUCGGCCAUAGAUUCACUUGAGAUAGGUGGUCAGAACACCGAGCACAAUCCGCAGGGAAUGGCCUUGGUCCACGGGUGGCCACACGGCAAAUAUCUUCAAAGAGAUCGGGUUUUCGUACCAGGGACAUUUGCCCUAAAUCCUGAGCUGGAUACCUUGGAGAUUGAUGGCGUGUCCCUGUUUGCGAAUUUUGCGAAUGAUGUUUGGAAGCAUGACCCGCGUAAAGUAGGGUUACGUCACGUAGCCUUCUUACCCACAUACACGUUUUCUGCUUCUCAGUUUCGUAAUCUUCCUCUUUAUGCCCCUUCAAAAGAACUGCUACGGCAAGUCGUGGCUCGGCUUCAAAGUGUCACAUUUGCACACUAUGCUCAAGUCGACAAAAUACUUUACCAGCGUCCUACUGGAAAUCAGGGCCUAUUGAACUAUUGCUGUUCGCUUCCUGUUGGAAGGGCUACUGGCAACUUCUCACGUCAGCAGGAUCCACGACUCAUCGGGCACGAAGUACUUGAGAAUAUUUUUUUCGACAUCACCAGCCGCCCAUUUCUCGGACAGCCAUACAAAGAAUGGAUGGAAAUGGCAAAGACAUUGGGAGUGACAACGCCAUGUGUCUACAAAAUUACUUACGCAACCCUUCGAAACGAAUCGCCGAUCGGCGAAGGGUGGGAACGACAGCUUCGCAAACGGAGAUAUCCCUACCAACUACAAAGAUUGUUCGAGGAGGCUAAAGGGCAGGUCAAUGGAGGAUUCGAAAUCGCAAUAGGAUUUUGGUCAUUCCCUGUCGAGGCUCUUGAUCAAUUUAGCCGAUACCAAAACCUCUCCGACCGUCAGCUUGGGGGCUUUUAUGGCCUUUGUGCUGCCGAACUCGAGCUGUGCCUGUUUGGCGCAUAUCCGUCACGUCUUAGACCUCACACAGGGCAUCAGAAGCGUACGGAGCUUGCGUCAGAGCGAGUUCAAAAAGCCAGUAGGCUCAGUUUAUCAUAG